CCUCUUCGCUCUAGAAGGUUGCUGUUGGUUCACGAGAUUACAAUGCCUCCAUAUCCUAUGCAUUUGACUCACUUAUACAAUAUUCUUCGCAAUUGGAGUAUCUAAGUUUGACGAUGAACUUAACAUGUGAGGUUUUUGUUCGAAUAUCCAGAUGAUUAAUCCUCCUGCUUUGACAAAUCUUAAGCAUCUAGAACUGUGUGUUGUUGCAUCUCGCAAUAAAACACUCCUUGGAUGGACGUCCUUGAUUGUGGCAGCGCCAGUUAUGCAGAAGCUGACACUGAAGUUACUCGUGUAUGACAUCAAACGUGCAAGGCCCAUUGUCAAACACAGCGCGUGCCCUCUCAAAUGCUUGAAGACGCUAGAGCUUGUUGGCUUUAUAGGACAGCCGAUUGACCUUGAGUUUGCAACUUUUGUGCUUGAGAAUGCUAUUGCUCUUGAAGAGGUGAUUAUUGACUUCGCACCACCACAUCACAAAGGUGUGCAAGAACAUCUUGUGGAGCUGAAAACGAAGCUACCUCGAGGUGCAAGGUUAAUUGUCAAGUAAAUUUACUAGAAUAUCCCAACUUUGUUGCUAAUUGUAGAUUUUCUAUUUAUAAUAAUGCAAUACCUAUUCGCACAAUAAGUUAUGUAUCUUGUCUUUAGAUUUUCUCCUAUUUUUUUAGUCAUAUGAGCCACGAAAGCAGUACAAAGUACAAAGAAGGGUAAGAGAAUUCGAACACGUGUGUGAUCUAUUGUUCACAGCACCUCAAUCUUAACCACUAGGCCAAGACAUCCUUGGUUAGAUUUUCUCCUAUGAUAGCUACAAGAGCUACAUGAUUUCCUGUGUCAAGUGAGUUCAUUUAUUGGUGAUGUCAUGUGCUAGUUUUUUUACUCUACUUUCAACUUGUCUGAAAUUUACAUUCAAGA